AUGAUGGCCUCGGAAUACAAGAAGCGCGGCGGGAGUUACAACACUUCUAAAGAUGGUCAAAGUGAAACACAGAAGGAUCUGGAUCAAUGGACGAAGGAAGAUUGGCAGACCAAAGAAGGAUCCGGCACUGCAAAAAAGGACGAUGGAACACGCAAAAGAUAUUUGCCCAAGGAAGCAUGGGAGCACAUGAGCGACAAUGAGAAGGAGGAGACCGAGGAAAAAAAGGUCAAGGAGUCGAAGAAAGGCAAGCAACAUGUUGAGAACACCAUCGAUGCAAAAUCUGCGAGAAAAAAGGCCAGUCGUGAUUCAGAGGGUUCUUCGAACGACGAAUCCAAGGCUGGCGAGGAAGAAGGCAAAAACCAGCAUCAAAAACGAUUGCGAACGCGUAGAUCUGGUCGAUUGCAAGCUAAGGCGAAUGAUGAACAAGACGGUGGAUCAGAGGUCUCUAGUUCUCCUAAAGCCAAGAAACGCACUGCAAAGCAGACAGAAAGUUCUAACAAAAAGCAAAAGCACGAGACAUCUCAUGAAGGUAAAAAUGGGAAAGACAAAGACUAA